AUGACUCAAACAUCAGAUCAAGCUAUUGCAGUGUCAUCUGCUGCUGUUGAUACCAAUUCCCAGCACUUGGAAACACCAUCUGUUCCCGCAGCUUCCCCGAGGGAGCUGCCCGACGGCGGGGCCCGGCCGAACGCCGCGCAGUUCAAGCAGCUGGUGGUGUCGGCGCUGAGGGAGCUGCACGGAGAGGUUGGAGCAGCUUUGCCUGUUGAUGUCUUAACAUAUGAGGAAAAAACUCUGUCUGCCAUAUUAAGAGUUAUUAGCAGUGGCCUUGUCAAGCUGUGGAGUGCUCUAACCUUGCUGGGCUUCUACCAGAACAGGAGGUGUGCCUUCCGGGUGCUGCAGACAUCUCCAUUUCUUCUCGCGUUGUCUGGCAACAGUAGAGAACUAGUCCUAGACUGAAUGCGGUUGUUGGUUUGGUUGUACGAAGCAGAAGUUUCUGGAGAUGUUGCAGCCCUUCAGGCGAGGAAUUUCUGGAGGAAUGUUCCGACGAAGAGCCUCGACAAAGCUAACGUUUAUCAACUCACUGCUUGGACAUCCAGUACUUCAAAGUUUACACAUAAAAGUUGGAGACAAAGCUGAACUUACCAAAGCUUUUACACAGAAUGAUGUUGUUACCUUUUCCUACAUAACAGGUGACACAAAUCCUUUGCAUUUAAAUGAAGAGUUUGCAAAGAA